AUGAAUUCGAAUGAGUUCACCGAAACCGAGUCCGUGCUGGGCUCGGACGACAUGUGGUCGACACCCACAACUCAAACCAAAUCUCGACCUAUGCCAAUCUACCAAGGAUUUUCCUUUUGCGGUGCUGAAGAUUACUCUUCGGUGCCGUCCUGGGAUUCAUCCUCCGUUUCGUUUCAGCAGACCCCAAGUGAGACCAUGUCUCGCCCUAUGUCAAUGCAUCAAGAACUCUUCCCUCCUACCACUAUGGAAAGCUCCACGUGGAUGGAGAAGCCGAGUGAAGACCACUUUGACCUGCAGGGCAUCGACCAUGAUAUGAACAUGGGAAUGAGCUCUUUCACCACUGACGAGGCUAUCCCUGUUCUUGACCUCAAGUACCAAGGCACCGUGAUGGACGAAGACCUUAUGGCUACAGAUGAUACCAACAACCGUCGCAUGUCUGGCUCUUCGUUCUCCAUGUCGACUUCCGGUGCCCUAUCGGACAUCCCCUCCUACGACGACUUCUCAACUGCCCUCUCCGAGGCCCCUUCAUUCAGCUCCGACUACCCUCCUACUUCUAACCGCAACUCAUUGAUGUCUUCCACUCAGCUCUCACCUGUGGCUUCACCUCGCAUCGCCCCUCAGACGAGGACCGAGCUGGUGCGCACUCAGAGCCGCGGCCGUGGCGCAUCUCCGUCUCCCCGACCUGGCGUGCGAUCUGCUCCCUACAGCGUUGAAGGCCCAAGACUCAAGCGAUGGUCUACUGGCACAUACGGAACAGCAUCAAGCCGAAAGCCUACCCCGUACGUCUAUCACCCGUGCUCGGACGUGUUCAACACGCACCAGCAUAUGUGCUCUGGUCACUCGUCCCCAGCUGUUGGCGCUGCUCCUCUACCCCUCAACUACGGCAACCUUCAAGCGAUGCAGCAAGCCCCAUUCGUGGUUCCCAGCACACCCGUGUUCCAGAGGAACAGCAUGCUUCUUCCGACCCAGCUCCCCUCCCAGAUCUCGUCGCAGCCUUGGCAGACGGAUGUGAACCACUUCGCAGCCCCUCCGCCUCUUCUGUCUCACGGUCUUUUCAGGAUGCUUCAGAGCAACGGAGAUCCCACCUCCCUGAACAGCCACUACGCCGACCUGUCCGACCCACCCGAUUUGUAUGCCGCUCUUCAGGAGGAGCAGAUCCCUCCUCCUCCCGAGGACAUGAACCCUUCGGAUCCCGACUUGAUUCCCCGCGAACAGGAGCUGCGAUUUGAGGGCGACCUUUACACCCCAAGAUGGGUGCGAGGCCAUGGCAACAAGCGCGAGGGUUGGUGUGGUAUCUGCAAGCCCGGAAGGUGGCUUGUCCUGAAGAACUCGGCCUUUUGGUAUGACAAGUCAUUUUCUCACGGCAUCAGUGCGGCAACCGGAAGCUCGUUCCAGGAACCCCAGCAAAAGAGACGCAUGGACGGCAACCCUGAUGUUUGGGAGGGUUUGUGUGGGAGCUGCAACGAGUGGAUCGCGCUGGUGAGCAGCAAGAAGAAGGGAACGACUUGGUUCAGGCACGCGUACAAGUGCCACACUCACCUCAAGGUUAAAGACACGCCCAAGCGUCGCCGCGAGAGCAGCAACGCGAGAGCCCUGGCCAUGUCGACCAUGGCCAAGGCCAAGACUGAAGCUCAACGACCCAUGACGCCCCAGAUGCCAACCUCCUCGAUGGAUGUUGCCACUACGCCCACACCCGCUACUAUGUCGCAAAUCACUUCUCAUCCUCAACCACAGGCCCAAGUGGCCUCGAUUGUUCCCGCUCAGGAGCCAUACACCCUCGAACAAAUGUCUGGAAAUGUCCUCGUCAUGACCGAACCCUUUCCGAACAUGAUUUAA